AUGAGCACCAAUUCUACAAAACGAAAAGGUUCUAGCGGGGAUGCUCGGCAAAACACCUCAUCAAGCAGCACAUCACCAAACCAACAAAAGAAACGGUCUACGAAACAAACAGAAUCAAGAGGAUCCAAGCGAACUGCUGAUUCAAAGAUCAAGCAGGAUGAUGAUCCAAUUCAAACCCUGUUCAAUGGAUCGCAACCAACACCAGAGGAAAUUACUAGAGAAAUUGAAAAGCUAGAGGAGCUUGUAAAGAGAAGCGAAGAACGUCUUCACCAGCUCGACAAUGAACCAAGCCCCAUUGCUGAUGGUGAUGUCGAAAUGACAGACUGCGUUCAUUUCGCUCCUAAAACCAAAGUACAAGAACUGUACUAUUGUAACAUGAUAUCGGGAAUGAAUGCGGAGACAAAGUUAGACUUUUUACUGUACAAAGAUGACGAUAAAUUAGAAAAGAAACCUAGGAAUCCAACGGAUUACGAAUGUUAUGAAGUUAAUGAGAGAGCGUACACAGAACUGAUACCUGAAUUGACCACUAUAAUUCAAGAAAGACUUCACAAUAUAGAGCGAAAGGCAAGAGAAGAAGGCGCCAAAUACAAGCGGCUAAGAUAUGAAUGGUGGAAAAAAAAUAAGAUAACCCUUGACGAUGUAAGAAACGAAAAUAUACGGUUUCAGGACCAGCUGGCCAAAAUUCCUCCAAUGUUGAACGAGGAAGAAAGACGAAAUGCAUUUGUGUCACGAAAUGGUUUUAUGACAAGUGAGCAAGUUCUGAGAGAAUAUCAAGAGAAGAGAGCUCUUGAAGUGACAUGGACUGAAGAAGAGAAGAAAAUUUUUGCCGAAAAAUUCACAAAGCACCCUAAGGAAAUGAGAACAAUUGCUGGACUUUUACCAAAUAGGACUACAGGAGAUGUUGUGACAUUCUAUUAUAAUUAUAAGCUAACUGAGGAUUUUAAAAAGAUGAAGCAUGAACUGAAAUUGAACAACAAGUACAGAAAGAGAUUUGUGGAUGAGGGUAAAAGAAAAGAUACCAAAGAUCGUGAGCCUGUCUCCCCCAUGACACCAUCAGAGCCAAUAUUUGUCACAGAAACUCAAGUUGUAGAAACUAAAUCAACAACCAGCUCUAGGUCCAAAAAAAAGGAAGAAGAAGAAAGCGCAAACGAAUGGUCCCAAGUGGAAAUUAAUAAGUUCAAAAACUUGAUAACCAAGGUUGGUUCAAACUUUGAGAAAAUUGCUCAAAAGCUCAAAACCAAAGACGAGGAACAAUGUAGGCAAUUUUUCGAGGAAAACAAAGCCAAAUACAAAUUUGUACUUCCAGCUCCCAAAGAGAAAAAGAAAAAAGUUGCAUCUACAACAUCCACACCUACUGCUUCUCCUACAGUAAGAAAGCCAACAAAGGAAUCGAUGGUUGCAGAAAAGAGAGAUACUACCCCCUUAUUACCUCCAUCACCUGCAGCAAUUACCAAACCUAACAAGACAAAGAAAAUUUUGAAAGUUGUUUCCAUUUGGACAGUGAGCGAAAGAGACGCAUUUCUCGAAUAUUUCAGAGAAUAUGGACGAGAUUGGAAAAAAUUAGCCGAGUUAAUUCCUACUAAAACAGAGACUCAAAUCAGAAGCUUAUUCCUCAAUUACAAGAUUAAGUUAGGUCUUACUUUGCCAACCAAAAGACGUAAGAAGAAAAGAAGACCAAUUCCUUAUGUGGAGACUAACCCUGAAGUUGCUACCCCAGAUCUUUUCACGCUGUCCGUGUUAGCUUGCGAUGUGCAGGAGAAAGGAUCUCCAUUUGAUGAUAUUGAGCAAAGCCCUCUCACGAGUACCAAACCACCAAGAUCUCUUUCCUCUUCGUUACAAGUUAGCAACAAUUCACAACUAAGGAGAACCUCAAAAAAAUCUCAAAAGAAUUCUGUUUCCACACCUUCCCCAACAACCAGCAGCAGCGGUGGAUAUAUGGAUGUACUGGCGACAAUUAGUUGUCAACAACAACAACAACACGAUAGCAACGCCACUGGACAGUAUAUACCAUCACUUCAAGAUUUAUUACAAUCUCAUCAAUCAUCAUCAUCGUCACAAGGUUCAACCCCAUCCUCAAUCCACCAUGGCGUCCAUCCAAACAAUGCACCAUCUCCUCCCUACAUGCCAUAUCAACAAGAAGAACAUUCUCAAUUUCCAAGAUCUCAUCCACUUGGUCAUUCAUUAGACCACACCCAAGCCACCAUUCCAUCUUACAUGAAAGCAACACCAACACCUAGCAAUAGCUUUCAACCUGCUUCUUCCUCAGAUGGAGAUCAUCAUUCUGGAAUGAUUAUGAGAACUCUUUCCAAUCAAGCUGGAUUUUCAACAAACGCUCAUCACCAUGUUGUCAAUGAUAUUAACCUCACCUCCAACGAAGUUCUUACUCCAUUCCAAGUUCGGACGCAUCAUGGACCUCCACCACUUGACAAUUCUAACUCAGAUAUGUCACGCUAUCCCUAUUCACAAUCUGAACCUAAAAAAGCAAAUACCUCUGAGAUUGUUCUCGAAGAGGGAGGAUUUGGAGAUUUCCCCAAUACAGGAGGAUCCUACGAGAGUGGGCACCAUGGCUUGCAUCCACCAAAUUUGACUCCUAAUUUUGCAGCAAUGUCACAACACAACAGAACAAUACUCAACAACACUUCUCUUCCUUCAUCAGAUAUUCACCAUUUAUCUCAGCCUCACCACCAUUUCAUGAUGCAUAAUCCAGCAUCACAUCACCAACAAUAA